UGACUUGAUAGUCGGAACACCUCAGAAUACAGACCGAGGAAAGUAGGAGGACUGCGAGAGAAGCCGGACGACCUCCUGGAGCACAGCAUCAGCACCCGGAGGACGGCAUCAUUUCUGGGAUUGCUUCUUUGUAAUUUUGCUCAUUUUAAUGAACGCUUUAACCUUUUUGUCAGCUGUUUGUUAUUUUAACGGGGAAAACAGCAACAAACUUUUGUAAUCAUUCAUUUCCAGCCUGCAAUCCAGCUGACAUUGAUUGCCCCCUCCAGCGGUUUUGUGUUAGGAAUUGUGCGCGGUGUUUUGAAUGCCUCGAACAGCUGCAGCAGUCUUCGCGGUGCUGACCGCCUGCCUCUGGUGCUCACCCGCUCUGUGUGCUGUAGGAAGAACCCGCCAGCAGCUCAAUUACCGACCAAUUAUCGGUGUGUUGGCACAGGAAAACCUUCCAUGGGACCAGUUUGCUCGUGGGUCUUCUUACAUAGCUGCCUCCUAUGUCAAAUACCUAGAGGCUGCUGGGGCCAGGGUUGUACCUAUUCGAAUCAAUCGCACAGAAGAAGAGUACGCCAAGAUAUUUAACUCAAUAAAUGGGUUGUUGUUGCCAGGUGGAGAUGUAGAUCUUCAGACGUCACAGUUCAGUCGAGCUGCCAAGAUCUUUUACAACUUGGCUCUGAAGGCCAAUGAUGCUGGAGACUACUUCCCUAUUUGGGGAACCUGCCAGGGCUUCCAGCAGCUCACUGUCCUGACUGCCAACAAAAACCUCCUCACGCUUACUGAUACCAAGGCUGUGGCUCUAUCUCUGACACUCACAUCAGUGGCCCCAUCUAGCCGAUUAUUCCGGAAUUUUCCCAAAGAUUUGCUGCGGUCUUUGGCUAGUGAAAACAUCACUGCAAACUUCCACAGUUGGAGUCUCUCCAUGCAGAAUUACAGUCGAAAUGCCAAACUCAGGAGGUUUUACAAGAUCUUGUCCACUAACAGUGAUGGAAAGAAAGAAUUCAUCUCUACCAUGGAAGCCAACCAUUACCCAUUUUAUGCUGUGCAAUGGCAUCCAGAGAAAAGUCCUUUUGAGUGGGUAGAUAAGCCAGGAAUGAUUCAUUCUGUCUCCGCUGUAAGGGCCAGCUUCUACACUGCCAGCUUCUUUGUUUCUGAAGCCAUGAAAAACCACCAUCGUUACCCCAGUCCUGAUGAGGAGGACAAAGCUCUCAUUUACAACUUUUCUCCCGUUUACAGAGGUUUUGAUGCUGUCUUUGUGCAAAAUUAUUACUUUGAUUGAUGAUCAGUGCUGAAGAUGAACCAUACCUGGUCACAGCCUAGUCCAAGUUUGUCAAAUCUUUUCUGGUUUAAACUUGAUAGAGUUUCAACAUACAGUUGCCUAAGAAAUCAAGUCACAGAUAAAAUGCAGAAAUGAAACUGUGAUUAAAAUGUAGUGAUAAAUGAUAGUAGAAAAUAUGUCAGAAAAUAUGUCAAAUAAAGUCCCAAAUAAUUAAUUUAAUAUGGAACACUGCUAAGAGAUAAAAAAUAAAAAAUAAAUGCUCAACAAGUGUAUUUUUUUUCUCCUGCAGUAUUUUCAAGACAUGUUGUUAGCACUGGUUUUAAUCCAAAUAAACCUUGCAAUUUUGGGGGGGAGGGGUGAGUUACUAGUCUGAUCAUUUUUAUUCCAGAAUGUAUUUAAGCCACCUGCAGGAUCCUUAACGUAUACUGUUAACCUUUUUUUGUUUGAUUUUAAUUUAUUUAGUACUUUUACUUUAUUUUUUGACAGCAUUGUUUGGGGGUUAGGAUCUAUUAAAACACCAUUUUUGGUAUAUAGGUAAUUGUCUUAUCUGAGUCGUUUGGAUAAACCAAGUCUGGGACCAGUAAAUUCCUAACUUCCAAUGUAUUUCUUUGAGCUUACAGCACUUAAAAAUGAGUAGAUACCUUAACAGAGCAAGUAGAUGCAAAUUUCUUCAUGUAUUUACUCAAGAUAUUGUUUAAGUAUAUAUUUUAUAACCAAAGACUAAAAAGAUGAAAUGGGCAUGAUCAAUAAACACCGACUCACCAAUUUUUCAUGUUGAUGUUUAUUAUUAGCACAGUAUUAUUGACAGUUAUGAACAAACUGUUGUUACAAUAAUACAAUACAAUAAUUUACAGCAACCCAUCCUCUAACAUCAGUGUGUAGUUCAUAUUUUUAUUCAUGUCAUCCAGCAUAUGUCAUCAAAAAUUAUAUUUUAACUACCAUCUCAUUUUGAAGUACAGUGGUCCCUCAUUUAUCACAGGAUUUAUGUUCUAAAAAUAACCCGCGAUAGGUGAAAUCUGUGAAGUAGCCAACUUUAGUUUUUUACAAUUAUUAUAGAUGUUUUAAGUCUGUAAAACCUCUCACAACACACUUUAUACACUUUUCUCAGACAGGCAUGAACAUUUUCACACUUUUCUCUCUUGGUUAAACACUCUCAAAGUUCAAACCUUCGUAGAAAAAUGAGUCCAGUAUUAUAUAAUGAAACCUAAGGCACCCGUGAUUGACUUUGACGGUACCAAACGUUUCGUCGACAUUGUUGUGUUUGUUGGGAAGAAAACUUACAAACAUAUUGUACAGCACUUCAGAGUCACACUGCUAGCGAUCAAAGAUUUGUGUAAAUUUGACAAGCUGAACGCAUUCUGUACAUGCAUAGUACAUAUAAUUUAUAUAACGCGGCACGAGAUUGAUUGACAAUGGUCUACAGCCAGGACGCAGAACACAAUGUGCUGUAAUUAAAAAAAGAAAUCAGCGAAGGGACCACUGUAUUCAGUUUUUUUUUAAGAGCUUCUUUAUUCUUAAAAAAAAAAGUAUCAGUAUCUGUUGUAAGUUCACCUUACCUUGAUUGUAUUGUUUUGGACAUAGGUGUGCAUCCAAGUGUUUUAUUUUUUACUAAGAAAUGGUAUAUUUUGUAAAACAUUGACUGAGAAUGAUGCUUCUCUGAUGAUUUGCAGGUUGUUUUUGUCAGGUUUAAUAUUUCUAUUGACAUUAACUGGGGUUAAAUUAUGCUAGUAGGAAUAUACAAUCAAAGUAUAAUCAAACAGAUGGUAUAUGAAUUUUGGAUUUUAAAAUUACUGAACUCUUAAAAGUUAUAGUAUGAUUUCAUAACUUUCCCAUCAGCAAAUUUCCUAAAACUAGUACAUGAAAUUAAAAAGGCUCAUUCUUGUCCAAAUUUUGUUUACUAUUUAGCUAGUCAUCUUAAUUUCUUUUGAUACAUGUAUUGAAUGUACGAUUGGUGGAGGUUGCUGUCUUGUUUGUAUGUUGUACCAUGUGUCAGAUGAUUAG